UAUUAACUUAAACACAAGGAUAAUCACAAAAAGGAACAAGUGUGCUGCAUGCUUUAAGCAAUUCACCAAAAUGGAGCACUUAGUGGAGCACAUGAGAACCUCCAAUCAUUCAGUUCAUGAACCCACAUGCGGAAUUUGUAAGAAACAUUGCAGAUCUUUUGAAUCUCUAAGGGAACAUCUUAUUGGCCCAUUGCCAAAAGAAGCUUGCAAAAGUAUUUUCAGCAAUCAAGGAUGCAAAUUCUGCCUAGUUAUCCUCAAUAACCCGGAUGCACUCAGGUUUCACCAAGAAAUUUGCCAACUCCCCAGUGGACUACUUGCUCAAUUGGCUAACUUGAGCAUUUUUGAGAAUUUGGCAAUCGAUACUGGCCAAAUAAGAAGGCCACAAGUAGUUGCACUCGCUUGCAAAAUGGCUAGUGGUGGCAGUGAUGGCUCCCUUGAUCUCUGUGCAAGGGUCUGCCUCAUUGAUGAAUAUGAAAGCAUAAUUUUCCAUGCUUAUGUCAAGCCAAAAAUUCCAGUCACAAACUACAGGUAUCAAACAACAGGCAUUCAAGCAGAAUACUUCAGGGAGGCAUUGCCUCUGAGCCAAGCGCAGAGGAAGAUUCUAGACUUCCUCUACAAUGGAGAACCAAUGUGGAAGAUUAGACCUACUGAUGGAAAAGCCAGUAUUCUUGUGGGUCAUAUUUUGGAUCAUGACCUUGACCUUUUACAGAUAGAUUACCCAACAACAAUGAUGAGGGAUACAGCAAAAUAUCCUCCAUUGAUGCAAACAAACAAACUCAGCAACUCUCUCAAAUACUUAGCACAAGAAUAUAUCGGGUAUGACAUUCAAACUGGCAAUGAAGACCCUUAUGAGGACUGUGUUGCAUCAAUGAGGCUUUACAAGAGAAUGAGAUCCCAAGUUCACAUACGAGAGGAUCAUCCACUGGCUUCGGACUCACAAAAUCAAAAUAAUUUUGCAUUAUGGAGGCAAAGCGAACUUGAAAAGAUGACCCCAGAACAACUAUUGGAAAUUUCAAGGUCUGAUUACUACUGUUGGUGCUUGGACUCCCAACGUUAAUGCUUGAAAGGUGUUGCAUAUAUAAUUUAGUGUGCAAGACAAUUGCAAAAUUCUUAUCCAAUUAAUGUAUUAUUCGUAGAAAUAACAAUAAAAUGGGAACGUGUCAUUUCAAUUAGA